CGCAUAGGAUCAUUGCUAGUGGGGGCACUGAUGCGCUUGUUCACGUUGCGUCGACGACAGUGGGAGAAAUUCGGGAUCAGGCUAUUUGGGCACUAGGAAAUUUGGCAGCAGAUUGUGCCUCGUGUCGACAACAAGUGCGAGCUUCGGGACUUUUGGCCUUAUUAAUUGUAAUGCUGGAAAUGCCCGACUAUCAGGCACACGAUCCUCGCAAAAUUGUUAUUUGGUGCUUGGCUAAUUUGCUUCGUGGGGGAAUGAAUGACAUUGAGCUUGAUGUGAAGUGUCGGCCGACUUCUCUCUUCACUUCAUGUGACUCUAUCCCUCUACGAUACAGGCGAAAUUCUCUGUGA